AUAAGGAGAAAGAAGAUAAAUUAGCGUCAGGUCAAUGCUCAUGCGUUUACGAGUCAAGCAUUUCAAAACUAACAUAGCGCCUUGAAAUCGGUCCUCUGCAAGAGGAGGAGAGCUUCCAAGAUUUGAACUGACAGAGCACGCGAGCAGGAACAGGAAAAGAGGGAAACCAUGAACCUGUUUAGAUUUGCUGGGGACAUGACCCAUCUCCUCAGCAUCAUCGUUCUCCUACUCAAGAUUCGCACCACGAAGUCCUGUGCUGGAAUUUCGCUUAAGACUCAAGAAUUAUAUGUUAUCAUCUUUCUUACCCGGUAUCUUGAUUUGUUCAUGAGGUAUAUCUCUUUGUACAAUACUAUCAUGAAGUUAGUGUUUAUUGGGACUUCAAUUGGUAUUGUCUGGUAUAUGAGAUACCAUAAGGUAGUGAAGCAGACAUACAGCAAGAAUGAAGACACCUUCCGACAUUACUAUCUCAUUCUGCCUUGCUUUGUGCUGGCUCUUUUGAUACACCGUGCUUUCAACGUGAAUGAGGUGCUGUGGACAUUUUCCCUAUAUCUUGAAGCAGUAGCAAUUUUACCACAACUGGUAUUACUACAGCGAUCAAGAAACAUCGAUAACUUAACUGGGAACUACAUCUUUCUUCUUGGUGCUUACCGGGCUUUAUAUCUGGUUAAUUGGGUUUAUCGUUUCUUUUUAGAGAAUCGCCUAGUCCGCUGGAUACCUUGGGUUUCCGGCUUCAUUCAGACUGCUCUCUAUGCUGAUUUCUUUUACUACUAUCUAAAGAGCUGGAAGAAUCAGGAGAGGCUUCAGCUUCCUGCUUGAAAUUGCCCCUUCGUGGCAAUUUUCAGUUGCCAGCUAACAAAGUAUGCAGCAAGAGCAUUGGAGUUCAGGAAUUCUUGUAAUAUUUAUACUCAGCAUAUAGUGUAUGGCUUCAUUCCUGUAAUGUUGUCUUUAUCAGGGUUCACUGCAGCACGGUCACUUGCAUAGUCAAAUGGCUUAACAUUUGCAGAGUUAAAAAGGAUUUUUACCAUACUUCAAUGAAACAGACCAUGGAUACUUAAA